UGAGGCAUUGGUGUUCCAGCCGCGCUCGGGGCUGGACGGAGCUGCCGAGUGACUGAAGCGCUCGCUGCAGAGUGUCAUCACAUAGCUGGUUCUGGUGCUGUGGCAGGAAGGAGGAAUAAAGGACGUGGUUUACAGUCGGAAGCAUGAGAUUUUAGAAGCUUCCUCCAGAGUCAGAUUGUGGACAUAAAUUGAUGGGAAGAGCCGAUAAAAUUGGAGUGUUUUUUAGCAUCUGAGAUUAUUUUAGUGCUACUGUGUGUGUAGUGGGACCUAUGAAGCCUCGCGACUUCUGCAGCGUCUGAGAUUUCCUCUCCCUCUCUCUGUGCCUUUUUCUGGCUUGUGGUUGUUAAUUGGCCCACAUGGUUUCAUUACAGCCAGGCCCAGCAGAUCAGCCUCAGUUGGGGCCUGCCGAGUGGCAGACCCGGUUGGCAUCCUGCGUUCCAGUGGGACUCAUGAGCAUCUAAGAAAGCCUACUACAAUCUGCUGAGGCAAAGACUCUUUCCUGAAAGGAGUAACUGCGUGUUUCCUGCAUUGUGAUAACUGUGUAUCUCCUGUAGAGUUCAUCCUAAAACCUCUCUCUCUAUUUUGUAGUGACAAGAGAUAAUUGGUGCCAUUAUGUGUGCCUCGGCCAAAUAUAACACCCGGGGUCCAGCCCUCAUCCCAAGGAUGAAAACCAAGCAUCGCAUCUAUUACAUCACUCUCUUUUCCAUAGUUCUGCUUGGCCUAAUUGCCACAGGAAUGUUCCAGUUCUGGCCUCACUCCAUUGAAUCAUCCAGCGACUGGACGGUUGAAAAGCGCAGCGUCCAUGAUGUGCCUGUGGUCAAGCUGCCUGCUGAUAGCCCCAUUCCUGAGCGGGGAGACCUCAGCUGCAGGAUGCACACCUGCUUCGAUGUCUAUAGAUGUGGCUUCAAUCCCAAGAACAAAAUCAAGGUGUACAUCUAUUCACUGAAAAAGUAUGUGGAUGAAUAUGGGACGUUGGUGAGCAACACCAUUUCCAGGGAGUACAAUGAGCUGCUGACAGCCAUCUCUGACAGUGAAUUCUACACGGACGAUGUCAACCGGGCCUGUCUUUUUGUGCCAUCCAUAGAUGUCCUCAAUCAGAACGCCCUCCGUAUCAAAGAGACAGCUCAGGCUUUGGCACAGUUAUCCAGGUGGGAUCGAGGCACAAAUCAUUUGCUCUUCAAUAUGCUGCCUGGAGGGCCACCAGAUUAUAACACUGCCCUGGAUGUUCCUAGAGAUAGAGCUCUGUUGGCUGGUGGAGGCUUUUCCACUUGGACUUACCGGCAAGGCUACGAUGUCAGUAUUCCUGUUUACAGCCCAUUGUCAGGAGAAGUAGAUUUGCCAGAAAGAGGACCAGGCCCUCGCAGGUAUUUCAUUCUGUCAUCUCAGAUGGCUCUGCACCCAGAAUACCGCUUGGAGUUGGAGGCUCUUCAGGCUGAGAAUGGGGAGUCAGUGCUGGUCCUGGACAAAUGUUCAAACCUGUCAGAUGGAGUCCCUGCUGUUCGCAAACGCUGCUACAAGAAUCAAGUCUUUGAUUAUCCUCAGGUGCUUCAGGAGUCUACGUUCUGUGUUGUUCUACGUGGAGCCCGCCUGGGACAGGCUGUGCUGAGUGAUGUUCUUCAAGCUGGCUGUGUCCCAGUCAUCAUUGCUGACUCCUACAUUUUACCUUUCUCUGAGGUUCUGGACUGGAAGAGAGCUUCUGUUGUCAUCCCUGAAGAGAAGAUGCCUGAAAUGUACAGCAUUCUGCAAAGUAUCCCCCAGCGACAGAUUGAAGAGAUGCAAAGACAGGCAAGGUGGUUCUGGGAAGCAUAUUUUCGAUCGAUGAAAGCAAUUGCUCUCGCUACUCUUCAGAUUAUCAAUGAUAGAAUUUACCCAUAUGCUGCCAUUUCUUAUGAAGAAUGGAAUGAUCCCCCAGCUGUGAAAUGGAGCAGUGUGAGCAACCCACUCUUCCUUCCACUGAUCCCACCUCAGUCCCAGGGUUUCACAGCUGUGGUUCUGACCUAUGACCGAGUGGAGAGCCUUUUCCGAGUUAUCACGGAGGUGUCGAAAGUGCCCAGUCUAUCCAAAUUGUUGGUAGUCUGGAACAACCAGAAUAAGAAUCCACCAGAAGAUUCCCUCUGGCCAAAGAUUCGUGUUCCCCUGAAAGUUGUUAGGACUGCAGAAAACAAACUUAGCAACCGCUUCUUCCCUUAUGAUGAGAUUGAAACGGAAGCAGUGCUGGCUAUUGAUGAUGAUAUCAUUAUGCUAACCUCAGAUGAACUCCAGUUUGGCUAUGAGGUCUGGCGUGAGUUCCCUGACAGGUUGGUUGGAUAUCCAGGUCGCCUGCAUCUUUGGGACCACGAGAUGAACAAAUGGAAAUAUGAAUCAGAAUGGACCAAUGAAGUCUCCAUGGUGCUCACUGGGGCAGCCUUUUAUCACAAGUAUUUCAACUAUCUUUACACCUAUAAGAUGCCUGGAGACAUCAAGAAUUGGGUGGAUGCUCAUAUGAAUUGUGAAGAUAUUGCCAUGAAUUUUCUAGUAGCAAAUGUCACUGGCAAAUCAGUCAUUAAGGUGACCCCACGAAAGAAGUUCAAAUGUCCAGAAUGUACAGCAAUUGAUGGGUUAUCACUGGACCAGACACACAUGGUGGAAAGAUCUGAAUGCAUCAAUAAGUUUGCCUCUGUCUUUGGGACCAUGCCUCUCAAAGUGGUGGAGCAUCGUGCUGACCCCGUCCUGUACAAAGAUGACUUUCCUGAGAAACUGAAGAGCUUUCCCAAUAUCGGCAGCUUGUAAAGAGUGAGACAAACCUCCGUGAGGAAAACAACAGCUAAAAAGGUGCUAUGAGGACUAUAAGGCCCUGAAGACAAAACUUGCUAGAGAGUGGGUUGCAUCUGAGGGAGAUGGGAAUUAAUGUUGUUCUCUUCCUUUUACAUUGCACAAAGUUGUAAUUGAAAGCUGAACUGCUCCUCUGUUGCUCACAGAGAGUCAAAUCUAUUUGCGGGUUCUCCAAAAAAUGUCAAACACACGCUUUUGUCCAGAGGAGGCUAUGCACCUGGAAGAAUAAAACAGAAUCCUGCUCUCUGUGGCCUGACUGGCAUGACUGACCUCUUCUAUCAAAUGUGCUGCAGGCUCUCUGGUUAGUGAGCAUCCAUCCAUUCAAACAACUGUCUGCCAUGUAGAGCUGUUCUCUUUUGGGAGGAGUUAAUUUCCUGUGUGGCUGGUGGGCCUCUGUCUUUUGAGCUUUAACUGUUGUCUUAAGUAACUGUGUUACAAAUAUUUUCACCUGUAAUAUGAGACAAAUGUUUAUUUUUCUACAACACACAAACAAAAAUCUGUCUGUUUUCAUCUAGUUUAAAGAGAAAAGCAAAAUUUGUGUUACUUAAAUUAUUUUGAUGGAGAUGGAGACACAGCAUCUCAUAGGACACUGUCCUUCAAAGCAGAGACCUGCAGGACAGAACUGCAAUUGCUGCACUUCCUGUGUAAAUCUCAGGUUUUCUGCUGCACUCAUGCAAAAGACUCUGACUGUCUAUCAGAACUAGUUGUAUAAUACAGAAAAUUAUUUGUCUUUAGUCUUCUUAUAUUUUUUAUCUUCAUUAUAAAACCAGCAGUCAGGUUACUCUUUUACAUUGUAGCCAUCCAUAGGGAUGAAGUGUGAAAUAAGUUUUUCAUGUCUGAAUCCUCUUCAACAAGCAGUGUACUAAUUUGUAAGACACUAUAUUUGCAGAAAUUCCCAGUUCCAGCUUCUAUGUACAGGCACAUGUGUAUGUGUAAGACACUGUUAAUGCACACUUCCAAACUCCUGUAAGUUACCAUUGUUGGAAAAACUAUUGUGUCUUUGCUUGUAAUUUAAGGAACCCAUUGCCACAGGCUGAAACAUACAGCUUAGGAGGUCUUUUGGAGAAGAUUUACAUUUCUUGGGAGCAUUUGAAUUGUUUCUCCAUACUGAAAUGAACCUGAAUGAGAAAAAGAAAUGCAAUAAAAUUAGAAGUACGGUUGCCUGGACUGUUACUCUUGCCCUUCAGUGUUAACGAGGGUCCUAAGUUGGGCUGAGAAUGCAAUCUCUUUUCUAGCUCCACUGAUAAAAUACUUGUUACUAGAUAAGUGUGAUUUCACUGUCUUUUGAAACCUCUGUUGCUGCUGGUUACAGACACAUCCUACUUGAUGGGCUGUUUUUCUGUUACAGUGCAAGCAGCCUUAUUCUUCAGAUUUGCCAAACCCCAAACAAUAGGACAAGUGUUAGACAUCAUGGUUCACCCCCUCUCCUAAACUGGAUACGCAGCAAUGACAGAAACCAAAUGAAAGUCAGGCUAGAAACAGGAAACAUCUGCUCCUAUUUGUCUCACCCCCACUAAGACUUAUCUUAUUGCCCAAUGCAGUGGAUGUGCUGUGAAUAAAAAUCAUAUUGGAACAAUAGCUUUGAGGGGAUGCUUCACUUCAUAACCUCCCUGGGAUGUGCCUGUAAACUGUAUCAUCUGACUCUCUGGGAGUGUUUAAUUACUAGUAAAUGUUCUUUGCUGCACUCUUUGUUUCAUUCCUGAGUUGCUAUGGGAGCUAAAAGGAUAGCUGUUGCAGUGACAACUGCUGUCUGCACAGUGGCUAUCACAAGAGAGAGGAAGGUUUGUUACUCAUUAUAUCUCCUUUGCAGCCUUUCAGGUUUAUUAACAUGAAGCUUCUUUUUGACUCUUCCUGUUGAUUUAUGUGCUGGUGCUUGAGCAUCAGCAUAUUUCCCUGGAGGAGUUUGCUUUAAAAGGGUAGCUGUAACAGUGCAGUAGUCAGUUUUAGCUGUCCUUUUGGAGCUGAUCUCAGCUUGGCAGGCCCUAGCAGUAUAACUGAGUUAUAACACCUUCCUUACAGAGUUGUGAAGCUGCUGUGAUUUUUUGAUUCUUUCUCAGUAAGCCAGUAAAGGUUCAUUUUGCACAGUCAUAAAAGACACUGAGGACUUGAAAUACUUGGUUGAAUAUUUUUAGAUGUAGACAGCCAAACCAGUCCUGCUAAACUGAGGUAUUAUCUCCAGUCAGUAAAAGGGUAACAUGUCCUUGUGUCUGUAUCCAGGAGCAUCUGAGUAGUUUCCCCUUGCACAAAAUGUCCAGUGACCCCUAACUAUUAUGUUUAUCCUUUGGCCUUUUACAGUUGCUUUUAUAGAGCUAGCUCAUUUACAACCCCAUUUGUCCCUGUUUAGUGCAAUUGGGAAAAUUGGGCAAUUGACCAUAAAGAAAAAUUGUAAAAUUGCCUACUUGCUCUCUGCAUUUAUUAUUGUGAUGCUAUUGAUGCAAAUUCUGUAAAGGUAAGAUGUAAUUGUAUGUCUGAUUUACAAUGGGAGUUUUGUCAAUCUUUAAAUUAAGGUAAUUUUAAACUUUUCAUUGUAUAUAUGAUAUUAAAAAAGCUUGAUAAUUGUAUAUUAAAAAUUAAAUCACAUGA